AUACACUCCCUUCCUAUGAUUACGACAACGUCGCCUGCUAACCGCUUGUGUGCUGGACUCACUUACCUUUGCCAUUACUCCGACAAGCGUCGCAUUGGCGUUCCAGCGAGGGAGGGGUUAACAGCUACUUUGUCAUUGACUAUCCCCAAACCUGACCUUUACCCACCCUUCCCUCCUACUCCGCUACUGUGUAAGGAGGCGUCACACGCAGAGGGGAGAAAAAAGAGCAGCCUAUAAUCGUGAAAAAGGCGGUAAACUUUUACAUACGUUCGGUAGAAAUGGGGUCCCUUUUUUCCAGAGCCGUGGAUGAAAACAUGAAGAAACAGCAGGAAUUCAUGAUGAUGAACUCACAGCUUCAGUUGGAAAGACAAAUCCUCAUGCAAAAUCAGAUGCGAGAAAGGCAGAUGGCCAUGCAGAUUGCCUGGAGUCGGGAAUUCCUUAAAUAUUAUGGGACAUUUUUCACCUUGGCAGCUAUCAGCUUAACAGCCGGGGCCAUUAAAAGUAAGAAGCCAGCCUUAUUCGUGCCUAUUGUGCCACUCGGAUUUGUUUUUGCAUACCAGAUGGACAUGGGCUAUGGGACUCUAGUUAGCAGGAUGAAAGGUGAAGCUGAGAACAUUAUUGAAAAGGAAAACAGCUUGUUAGCAUUACCUAGUGGGCUGCCGACAUUUGAGAGCAUUGAAAAGGAAAGAAGAGCUCGGAGAAACUUAUUCAUAGAAAAAUAGAAAA